AUGGCCGAAGAAGGAUUGGAUUUCGAAUACCGGAAGAAAUUCCAAGGAAUUGAAUUCCGGGACAUGCACAACUUGAUCAACAAGGUGGACCGAUACGCAUCCUUGUUGAAAGAAGAGGUCUAUGCCGAAGCAGACUGCCCCACAGAGGCCGAGAGCGACGAAGUUGAGAUGAGCUCAGUCGAAGUCAGCAUAGACAAGCCAUUCGUCUGCAAAGAUUCGGUCGACAAUAAUCGCACAAAGAUUCCCGACGCAAAGUUCGCGACUCGAGAAACGAAGGCCUACACUUUUGACUUGACCAGGGCCGAAGCUAUCUUUGACCUACUGCUAACCGAGAAAAAGGUCAAAUUGUCCUUCGGCCAUAAAAUUCCGAAACCCGAAGAGCUCAAAGGAAAGACGUUAUGCAAAUACCACAAUUCUUGGUCUCACAACACCAACAACUGCGUUGUUCUACGAGACGUCAUCCAGAAGUUGAUAGAUGAAAAGAAGCUCCAAUUCCCGGAAAAGACGGCCAUGCAAGUCGACUGUAAGCCGUUCCCUCCACCUGUCAUCAACAUGGUCAACGCUCAGCUCCGAGCCGAAUAUAGGGAAGUUCGUCGGUCUGCAAAAGGAAAGGAGCCGUUGGCCGAACCAGAGCCGGUACCGUGUAGUCGGUGCAAGUAUGAGAUCGGUCAACUCAGACUGCCAGAGAACAAAAGGAAGGCCGCCGAGCCAUCUCAACCGACUAUGAAGAAAUUCGGCGGCCAGUACGACCGUCGGCCAGCAAGAAGAGUUGUUUUCGACGGACUAGGGGCACGAAGCCCCAGUACCUCGGCGGGCCAUAAAAACGAAGCCGCUCUUAGGCCGGUGAAGACUUUCAAACCACCGGUCGUACGAGAUGACCGUUGGUAUCAUGCACGACCUAGGGGCAGCACUGAACCGCUGACAAAAACUCAGCUGAGAAGGAUGCAGAGACAAGUUCAGCAGGCUAGGAUACAGACGGCCCAAGUCGAGGGAUUAAAACGCCAAAAAAAGAUGGCGACUGCAGACGAGCCACCAUUCUCGCCAAUUGUUCCCCCUACAGCGAAGGCUGCCAACAUCAAGCCUCCAAGGACGUGGCGCCCUAGGCCGGACGGUUAUCCCUGUGGAAUGACGGCCGUUUCGAUCUAG